AUGCGCGGCGACGGCGCCGUCUCCGUGCAGUGCAACCGCGUCGGCGACACGAUGCUGCACACCGCCGCCGACUACGCCACGCACGGCCUCGCCUCCGUGGAGAUUGUGCCGUGCGGAGGCUGUGCGGCGGCCCUGAACUGCUUUCCGUCGCUGACGUCUUCCGUCGAGGGCUGUGCCUGCCAGUGCUCGCCGGGGGGCGCCGGUGCCGCGUGCCUGCCGCCUGGCGUCCCGCUUGCAAAGCCGACCGGUGACACGCGGGGCUGCCUGCGCAACGUUGCGGUGACGGAGUCGGUGACGUUUGGCGGCGAGCAGGCGACGCUGUGCUUCGAGGCUGUCGUGUUCAGUGGGCCAAUCACUGCGACGGUGGACCUGCGCCUGAUGGACGCGUUUGCGGAGGAGCUGAGGGUGACGCUGCGCCAGUGCCUGCUCGCGGGAGGCGCGCAGCUGCGGAUCAAGGGCCUCGACGAGCACACCUCACAGCUGAUGCCUGGCGUCCUUGUGAGCAUGGAGAAUGUGACGGCAACGGAGGGCACGAUUGUGCUGCAGGGCACGCUGCCGCCGCGGUCGCGGGUGCUGCUGGCGGACGCCGCGCUGAGCGCCACCGUCAACGGCUCGCGCUAUGCCCCGGUGACGGCUGGGGCGGAGGGGAAGCGCUACGGCCCUGUCCUCGUGCUGGACGCCCUGCGACUUCUCUCGUCGCAGCUCGUCCUGACACGGACGACGCUGACGUGUGGGGGCGACGCGUGCGCCGCGCUCCUCGUGGAGCGUGACCUCGCGCUGGACGCGGCGAGCUCCUUCUACAUGGACAACUGCGCCAUGAACGCCCACCACGCGGUGAUGGGCUUCCUUGCGUCCCAGCUGACCGUCGCUGGGGGCUCUGUCUUUGCACUCCAGCACAAUUCCUGGCGGGUGAAGCGGUCCGAGCGACCCAGCGACGCGUGGUGGUGUGACGGGGUCACGGUCGCGGAAGGGAGUGUGCUGCAGUUCGCGGGGAACAAGUUUGGCCCGAGCGCCUCGGUGCUGCGCACAGGGGCACUGACCCUGAAGCGGGGCGCCUGGUUGGUGCAGCGCGACAACGACUUCCGCGUCCGGACAGUUUUUCUAGUGGAUCGUGUGAGCAUGGAGGCGGGAAGCACCUGGUCGGUGCUGCGCAACAACUUCCUGCGUGCCCCAGGCGGGUUCAGCGGUGCGUCCAUGUGGAACUACUUUCCCACCUCCGAUUCAGCGGCGGUGGAGCCGACUGUGCACGUCACCUGCAACUAUCUGGCGGGGGAGCCGCUGACGAGCUACAGGAGGAUCGCCAUGCAGAUGGAUAUGACGAAUUACGAGUGUGGUGCGUGUGCGAGGCCUGCUGAGUGCUUCCCCGGGAAUACGACGACGGCUUCGGGUGACGGCUGCGACUGCACGUGCGCUGCCGGCGGCCACGGCGACGCCUGUCUGCCGGCGGAGGUCCCGAAGGCGCUUGGGCCACGACCGCCGCUUGCUGUGGCCCCCGCCGAGGUGCCGUGCGUGCAUGGCGGCACAGUGAGUGCGUUGCCGGCCCCCACCCCCGGCGUCUCCGGGCUCUGCUUUGUGGACGUGCACUUCACCUCCCCGCUCGCCAUUGACCUGGGCGAGUUCAGGCCGACGACGCAGACGCUCAACAUCACGCUGCUGCGGUGCAGGCUCUCGGGACUGCGGCUCACGGGGAACAGCGAGUACGCCGUGCACAUGAGCGUGACGGCCUCCACGGUGGACGAUGGCAGUGUCGUGUUUGACGGCGCCUUUGGCGCGGGGUCGCAGCUGCGGCUGGCGGACAGCGUGGUGGACACGGUGGGCCCGUUUGGCGUCAGCCUCGCGGCGGAGUUUGGGACGGACUCCUCGGUCCUGCUGCUUCGCUCCACC